AUGCGCAUUCCACAGCCCCCGCCGCCAUCAAGCUUGGCCCACAAACCCCAGCUCCACACGCGCAAGAACCACCACACAUACAACGGCACCCGCCGACUACCCCAAUCGACACAUGUGCAAGUCAUCACUCACCCCACCAACAACACCCCCACCAGCCCUACCGGAGCUACCGCCAACCCAACCGACAUCGACACCCCCCGGUACAUCAUCACCCUCCACUACGCCCACAACCGCGCCUGCGAGCUCUACCGCACCGCCUACGAUAUCGAAUUGCUGCGGCGGGAGCUGGGCGUGCUGAAACACCCCCCUAUGGGGACCAACGGCGACGGCAACCCCGGCGGCAGCAGCAGCAGCAGCAGCAAAACGACGAAGGGGACGGGUGGUGACGGGAACGGCGACACCGCUGCCGCUGCCGCUGGGGAGAGAAAAAGGGGAGGAGAAGGAGGGUGUAGUAGUAGCGCCGUCUGCACGCGCUCGUGCUCGUGCCCGUGUCCCUGCGCCGAGCAAGGGUGUGAUGCCCGGGACGCGGCGGGGGUGCAGAGCCUGCUGGGGGAUGUGCUGGGGAAGAUGAGGGCGAGGGAUAUGCGGGGGGAGGUGCCGUUGGAGUGGUUUUUGAAGAGGAGGAUUGGGGAUUGUGCGGGGAGGUGA